AUGGUGCAAGUCUUGCUCUGGCUGACGGCAUCUCUACCCUCCCAUACAAACAGCACACGCGUCGUCACAGAACAACAACAAGAAGACGAGGCAAAUUUGUGUUUUGAAAUCUUGUUGCAUGCCAUUUUUGCUCUCAAUUUGCUGGGCAUUGGGCUUGCUACCGGUCCAAAAGUGAAUUCUACAAGAACCAGAAACGAUUCUGCCAUGCGAAUGGAACUUCCCAAUAAUCAUCAAGGCAACACUACUGCGAGGAUGUGCUGCGUGUUGCGUCCUUCGGCAGCCUACCAGGGUGGCGGUUCUUGGAAUCAUGGGACACAACAAGCCACUGCAAGGACAAACUGCAAUAGUUGUUACAUCCAGUCCAUGAUGACAUCCGUGUUGGAGAAACUGGCGCCAUCCCUGUGGGUCGCCCUCAAUUGGGUCUUUGUGGAUGGAAUGCAGUCUCGCCAUCAUCACGAGGGAAUCCAGUUUUACCUCUCUAUUGCGGGAAUCACACUGGUCACUGCCACGUUGUUGUCGUGGUUUAUUCCUCAAUACUACCGAGGGAUUGAUGGACGACAGCAACACCAUGUCAUCCAACCAUCAGCGACAAUCCACAGACAAGAACAACAGCCAUCCGAUUGGGAAGAGUGGACGACAUCCCAAGUAGCUGCAUGGUUGUCGGAAACACUAUUACUAGUAAACCAAAUGGAAGAUGCCAAUUUCCUUCUGGCUCAAUUGGCGUGGCAUGGGAUUGAUGGAGCGGCAUUGGAACGAUUGAACACCGAUGCACUCGUCAGGCACAUGGAUAUCCCCUACGGCAUGGCCUCGCGUGUGAUGGAGCAUAUUGAAACACGCUUGACCAAACGAUAUCCACGUCGAAGCACAAGACGACAGCAACCACAACCAGCCUUCUCGAGUGGCGAACAAUGGGUCCAUCAGGCCCUCGGACAACACGAAACAACCAGGCGUGUCGACGUCGAAAAGCCAUCCUACAGCAUCAUGGCAGAUGAGGAAAUGCAGCAAGUACGAGAUACCAUGAUGCAACGCUUUGGAUUUCAGCUACCCGAGUUGCCCCACAAAACGGACAAGGCUCAGCCUUUUGCGAGUGUUGGAAAUAGUAGUCAUGCAGAGCCCCCAACCACGGAUACAGCUGACGAGCCAGACGCAGCAACCACUCUGGAGCAAUCCUUGCUGGCAUCAAUGCCGCCUCAUAUCAAGGACAUUAUCCGUCAAAAGCCUCACUUGUUGGAACAGGUGCAAAAGGUGCAAGCCAACGAAAAUCUGUCACAACAACCAACAACUACUACACAAGAUGCAAAGCCUUCGGCUCAAGCCACAGCUCAAACCAAACGAAAACCAAUAGCAUCCAACGAACCGAUGCAAACUACUGGCCCAACUCCAGACUCGGAAAGCAUUCCUGACCAAGUACUCCAGCAACUUCCUCCACAGAUUCGGGCAGUGGCGCUUCGAAACCCUACGCUAUUCAACCAAAUGUUCCAAGCAACACAGCAAAACGAUCAACUCCGCUUUGGUGGCCAACAGCAAGCGAACAGGACGUUACCAACCACACUAGAAGAAGGAGAAGAAAUGGAAAUGGAACCACGAGACGUUUACGAUCGGGACAAUGAGCAGGCUCCGCUGCUGACUACUGGCACAUCAAGGCCAGAGCCAGGCCUUUGGCAGUCGAAUCGAGGCCUUGUACAAAGAUCAUCUGCGCCGCGAAACGAACGGUAG